GUGAAUAUCAUGUAAACUGCCUGAUGGACAUCUUCAUCAGAUGGAUGAUGAAGAAGAGUUGAAUGAUGCAAAUAGCGUAAAGGUUCUGCUGGUCUCUAUAGGAAACGUAGUGAUACAAUUGGGUAAUGCCCAGCAGGUAUUGGAAAGGGAUGUUAAUAAUGAGGGUGUGGCAGUAGCGGCACUAAAGAAAGUACUUGAGGUGAGUGCUAACCAUGGGAGCAAUCUACAGGAUGUAUUAGAGAAGGUACGAGAGGUAGUGGAAGAGAAGGUGACGGAACUAAAGAAGGGGGCACCAUUGCAUGGAUUAACAGAGGUUGUGAAGGAACUAGGUACAACUAAAAAGACACUGGAGAGUAGUAGUAAUAAAGACAAGCUUGAUGCUGCCCACCAUGGAAUAGAUCAGACAUUGGAGAUAUUUAAGAAGUGGUUGAAGAAUACAUCAACAAGUCUUGACGGUAACAAAGAUGAUAUUGCCAAUGCUAUUAACGACCUCACCUCCCUAUGCAACUCUCCCAAGUGCACGGCAUGUAAAGACCACAAAGAUAAGUGUGGCAAGCAAUCCAAUCCCACUAUCUGUAGGACCUGUCUCCAACCCACUACCACCGGUGUCCCCUUCCCCCUCCAGGCAUUCCUCGAGGACCGGUUACCAGGCUUUAGUUGUAAUGAGGUUCUCAACACAGAGGACACCGACAAGUACCCUCCCGCUGCAUCCCACUUAUAUCACAGCAAUAGUCCCGGCCAGUGCUGUCCACUUCCAAUGGGUUUUAGAGGGCAAUUCCACAAGGGCAGCAGCAGUGACAUGACUGGCCAACGCCUUUAUGGGAUCCUAUACUUCUUCAGUAACGAGAACAUGAUGCAGUCGUGUGUCUAUACACUAGUGAGGGUCACAGCAGCUCUCAGUGCCACAACACCACAGGUAUUGGGUGAUGUAUUCGGGUUCUUUAGGGGUGGAGUGGGAAACAAAGAGCAGGGAAAGAACAAGAAGGAUAGAGAUGCGACGUGUAAGCACGAUAAGGAUCCGUCUCAGAAAGGAGAUGAUGACUACUUUUGCGGCUGGUGUGCCUCUGGAUUACGGGAUGAAGUACAAAAGAUAGGGUGGAUACCAAAGGGGGAUGACAGUAAUGGAGGGAAGUACAUGGUCACUGGUAGUGAUUGUAGUGGCACAGAUCGUUAAAUUAUAUUUGAAUGAGACCCCAUCUUACUCACUAC